AUGCGUGUAUGUUACUAUGAUCUAUUAAGCGUCGAACGGCAAGCCACUGGUGAAGAAAUCAAGAAAGCCUAUAGACGACAAGCUUUGAUAUGGCAUCCAGAUAAAAACGGUGAUAGGGUGCAAGAAGCCACCGAAAGAUUUGCUCUUAUUCAAGAAGCAUACGAAGUAUUGUCUGAUCCGCAAGAACGAUCAUGGUACGAUGGACAUCGGGAUGCUAUUCUUCGAGGUGACGAUCACAAAGGACAACGGGAUAGUAGUGCUGGUAUGGGUGCUGAUGAUUUGAUGCGAUACUUUAGUGUAUCAGAAUACAAAGGAUAUAAUGACAGCGAUCAAGGCUUUUAUACGGUCUAUCGACAAUUAUUUCAAAAGCUGGCGAAUGAAGAAGAAGAAGCUUAUAGAAACAGUCCUUCUGAAGAUGAUGGUAUGGGAUCAUCAGGUUAUACAACACUUCCUUCAUUCGGUAAUUCCAAAACACCUUUUGCUGACAAUGAUGGUUACUUGGGUUAUGGCGCAUAUGUACGUGAUUUCUAUGGUGCUUGGUCCAACUUUUCGACUCAAAAAUCGUUCCAAUGGUUAGAUAAAUGGCGAUUAUCUGAUGCUCCUAAUCGGUUUGUAAGGCGUGCUAUGGAAAAGGAAAACAAAAAAGCUCGGGAUAUUGGGAAAAAGGAAUAUAAUGAUACCAUUCGGAAUUUGGCAGUAUUUAUCAAGAAACGAGAUCCUCGCAUGAAAGCAUAUCAAGAAGAAGAACAGAAACGAAAAGAAGAAGCUGCAGCUUUACAGAAAGCAAAGUUACAACGAGAAAAGCAGGAACUUCAAGCACAAAGGGCCAAUUAUCAAGAACAAGAAUGGGCCAAGAUAGAUGAUCGACAAUUGAAUGGAUACUUUUCUGAAGACGAAAAAGAAGACGAAGAAGAUACAAUGGCUGAUGGUGAAGUGGAAGAAAGUGAUUUUUAUUGUGUGGUAUGCGACAAGUUUUAUAAAAGUGAACAACAAUUAUCAAGUCAUGAAUCAAGUCGGAAACAUGCUAGAUUGGCCUAUAGAAUGAAGAAACAAAUGAUGGCAGAUGAAUUGGACUUUUUAUCAAUGCAACAAAAACCUGCUGAUGACGAUAAGGAUAUUGGAACAGAAAUCACUGGGAAGACUGAAAUCAACGAUGAUAAUGAUGAUGGUGAUGGUGGCAGUCAUAGUGACAACAUUGGUAUAUCCAUGAUGAAACCAAAGAAGAAAAAGAAUAAACAAAAGAAGAAAAUGACACCUCAUUGGGGAUUUGACGAGCCUGAUCAAGAAAUAUUAUCGGAACAACAAGAUAUGGACGAUGUCACCGCACUAGCUGCUAGUUUGGAAUUGGAACAAUCUUCACGGCGACGCAAACGAAAUGGAAAACAGGAUAUUGGAGGUAAACAUCACUGA